CAUCAAAACGAGACAAGAAGAGUUUUAACAGCCUUUCGAAAGAGCUGUCGUGUCAAUCUCUGAUCAUGGAUGUUCAUCGAUUCAGAGAACUCGACUGUCAUCCGAAGGAAGACUAUGAUCUUGCAACAAACAGCUAGGUAGUGGAAAAAGCCGAGGAGUCUGUUGCAUUGGGUUUUACACUCCACAGAAUGUACCUCUGACUGCCAUGAUGAGGAUCCCAAAGUUAGCUUUCGUCUUUAUAUUUGUGGUCUGUCUGGUGGUCUACCUCACUUACGUCAAACACCAUUAUGAUGACUCAAAGCCACCAGUAUCCAACCAGUUGCCCAAGUACAGGAUGGAUCACCGUAAACAUCCGACCUCAGCUCAGGUGGCCAGUGAAAAUUUUCAGCAUGGAAUUAUGUUUGAUGCCGGAAGCACUGGAACCAGGAUUCACAUCUUCAAAUUUCAGAUGGAGCCAAAUGAAGCUCCCAAAUUAGCACAUGAGACAUUUAGAGCAAUUAAACCUGGACUAUCUGCAUAUGCUGACGACCCAGAAAAGAGUAAAGAAGGGCUAUUGGAACUGUUAAAGGUUGCUAAAGGCACCAUCCCUGAUGCGCUGUGGAGUUCAACCCCUGUGGUGCUUAAAGCCACAGCAGGGCUCAGACUGCUGCCUGGUGAGAAGGCCACCGUCCUGCUGGACAAGGUUAGGGAGGUUUUUAGCGAAUCUCUGUUUCUCUAUAGGCCAGACAGCGUGUCAAUCAUGGAUGGCACAGAUGAAGGGAUUUCAGCUUGGAUUACCAUAAACUUUUUAAUAGGUGGUCUUCAUGGUUCUGAGACUCCUACAGUGGGCAUGUUGGACUUAGGAGGAGGCUCAACUCAGAUCACCUUUGCUCUACGGGAUGAAAAAACCAUUCAGACCUCACCUAUUGAUUAUGUGACAUCGUUUCAGAUGUUCAACAUCAGCCACGCCCUCUACUCACACAGUUACCUUGGCCUGGGCUUGAUGUCAGCCAGACUUGCAGUGUUGGGAGGGAUUGAAGGACAGCCUUUAGGGGGAAACCAAGAGCUGGUUAGUCCAUGUUUAGCUCCAGACUAUUCUGGACAGUGGGUGCAUGCCGAGGUACUCUACACUAUUAAGGGGCAGAAAGCAGGAGAGCCCAUCUAUGAGUCAUGCUUGAGAAAAGUGGAAAAGAUGAUUUACAAACGGGUGAGAAAAGCAGAGGAUGUGAAAGACAUUGACUUCUAUGUGUUCUCCUAUUACUAUGACAGGGCUGUGGAUCUGGGCCUCAUUGAUGAAAGCACAGGGGGGUCAGUCAGAUUAAGUGAUUACAUUGAAGGUGCUAAAACAGUGUGCAAUAACAUGUCAGUCGGAGAGAUAAAGGAGAACCCGUUCCUGUGUCUGGAUCUGACCUACAUCUCGGUUCUUCUUCAGGAGCUCGGCUUCCCUCUUGACAAAGAUCUGAAGCUUGCAAGAAAAAUAAAUGAUGUGGAGACUAGCUGGGCUCUCGGUGCCACUUUCCAUUGCAUAGAGUCACUCCGUAAGCACGGAACGUGCUGAAAACACAGCCGUUUGUACUACUCCACAACCUAGUAAAGCUCUGACUAGGUUUUUAUGCUCUGGGAAAAUGCCAGCACUGAUUGUAUUUGCCUUGUUUGUUAUUGACUUUAUCUAGAAUGUGAGUUUUAUACAUACCUCUUUCUCUCUGAAUGUUAAGUGUUAAAUAUAUGUACUACUUGGAGUGCAGGUUUGGGUAUUCUCAGCUGUUUUUGACAGGUUGUUCAAAGCAUGCCUGUGUCUUAUUAGUCAGGGUUUUAUAUAUAUAUAUAUAUAUAUACACACACACACUUGAUUGCCUCUUCAAAGGAUUUCAUUUAUGUUGUUAUUCUUGUUUUAAUAUAUUCCUGCAUAUACUGAAAUUGUUGAAUUAUUUACUAAUUAAACAUUAUCAUCUGUUCAAAGAAGAAACAAGUCUGAAAACGGAAAAAGGACAAGAAACUACUUUGGUGUUUGGACUAGUAAGAGUAGACCAGUGCUGUUAUAAGUCAAUGUACUUCUUUUCUCAUAAAAUCAGUUUUAAACAGUCCCAUA